CGAAGCGAGGGCGGGCCACUAGUCAUUAUAUAAAUUUGGUUUGGUAUUCCACAAUUGAAAGCUCACGUCACAAAAGCACAAAGUUUACUUGUACCUUCUGCAAAUCUGUUACUAUAAUGUAGAUAGAAAAAGAUCGCUUUAGAGAGUGAUAUUGUAAUUUAAAGAAAAUACUGUAAUCAUAAGACAAGUUGCAAUACUAGCCGAUAUUUUGGGAAGGAGACGAUGGAUAUAUCUUCAACACUAUACUGCAUCAAUCAUAUAAUAUAAAUAUCAAUAUCAAGAAUCCAGAGCCAUUUCAAAGUAGUCUAGCUAGUUAGUCUAUGAGUGUCUCUGUCUUAUCAAUAGGCUAUGGUCUUGUUACAUUUAUUGUUAUUUUACGUUUAUGUGAUGGAAGUUGCCCGCAGUACUUGUUUAUAAGUUUUCUAAAUGACGACACAGAAUAAAUAAAACAGCUAGAAAAAGGAGCCCUUGCUAAGUUUCUUGCCGGUUCUUCUUAGUCCAGUACAAAGUCUCCCACCGUAGAUAUGCGAACAGAUGGCGUAGCUUUCGACUUUGACGUGUAAAAGCCUAAACUCAAUAAGUUAAUUUUGUUUUUCUUUGUAUCUGAGUUGGGUUGAGCGGUGGCAUCGUGUGAGAGCCAAGAGGACCAUGGCCCGGGGCGGCGGCAUGAGCCAUAUAAAGGCAACGUUAUUGUACUAUAUUUUGAUUUGAAUUACUAAUUCUAGGGAGGGUGGGUGAAAAUCUUGAGUGGCGUACCCUGGGCGUGAGUGAACACAGUAAUAACAAAUAAUAAUAACUAAUUGGGGGUUUUCUUUUAAAAACAUAUUAUUUUGGGGAUAUAUAAAAAUCAGUUUGGGGGAAAUAAUAAAAUUGUAUCUGGCAGCCCUGUCUCUGACUGAAGAACUUGUAUACAUGGUCAUGAAUAUUUAAAAAAAAAUUUUUUUUCACAGUCUAAGGACAAUGUAUCCAUUGCCUAUAAAUUAAAAAAAAAGUUUUUUGAUUUGCUGUUGAAAUUGCAAGAAAAUAAAUGGGAUUGGGAAAAUUUCUGAUCUAAAACAUAAGUUUAUCAUAGUGUCAUUUAUUAGAUUUACAAUUCUUCUAACAAAUAUAGCACAUUGCUCUCCGUAAUGUCGUCAAGUCGCUCAAAAUCGACGAUAUUAGAUAAGCCUCUUAGCAAGGGAAAAGGCGAAGUUUCUUUAGCUUUUUAUGCUCUUCUGUUUUCCGAAAUUGUACAGUAUUGUCAGAAUCGUUCACAUUCUGUACAAGAAUUACAAAAUAAACUCUCUGAAAUUGGCCAAGACGUUGGAACAAGAGUCUUGGAUUUAUAUUUUGUACGAGAAAGAAAUAGUAAAAGGGAAAUAAAAUUGCUGAAUAUGUUACUAUUUGUAAAGUCUACUCUGUGGAAGAUAUUAUUUGGUAAAGAAGCUGACAAACUGGAACAUGCCAAUGAUGAUGAGAGAACUUACUACAUUAUAGAGAAAGAUGCAUUAGUCAAUAAAUUCAUUAGUGUACCAAAAGAUAAAGGAUCAUUGAAUUGUGCUACAUUUAAUGCUGGCAUAAUUGAAGCUGUUUUAACAAAAAGUGGAUUUCCUUCUAAAGUAACAGCUCACUGGCACAAGGGAACAACAUACAUGGUCAAGUUUGAUGAUGCUGUUAUUGCAAGAGAUAAAUCACUUGAUGAUCGUUAACUGAAUGCUUGUAUUGAAU